CCAGGGGCGGCGGGGACAGGUGGCGCACGGGGUUCGUGCAGUUGUCAGGAAUGGCGCGCCACCGCUUCCCGUCCUUCGGAAACGGCUGCCAUGCACACGCCCACGUUGAGGGCGUCGGGCUCUCCUCGUGUCCGCGCAUAUGCCUGAUCUCUCUUCAACCCUUUCUCUUUUGCUCUCUAUAUCAGGAGCCCGUACUUCCCGGUUAACGGGAGUCAUUGCAUUGUGGGGAUUGUGCCCUGUUUUGUGUGAGCGUGAGAGCGGGGUGGAGGAGGUGAGCGAGGAUGACGGAGUCGAAGGACGCGAUGUUGACGAUGGCGACGCAGGCGCCGGUGACGCUGGAGAGGAGGAUACGGACUGACCUGGAGGAACACCUUCCUAAGCCUUAUCUGUCGAGAGGAUUAGCUGCUCCGGACGUGUAUCAUCCUGAAGGUACAAAAGAGCACAAGCAUCAUCAUCUGAGUGUUCUUCAGCAGCACGUUGCCUUCUUCGACUUGGAUGAUAACGGGAUCGUGUACCCUUGGGAAACCUACGCAGGGUCUCGAGCGAUCGGUUUCAACCCUAUACUGUCAUUGAUCAUGGCAAUUCUAAUCAAUGGAGCCCUGAGCUAUCCAUCUCUUCCGGGUUGGAUUCCGUCUCCCUUCUUUCCGAUAUACAUCCACAACAUCCAUAGAUGCAAGCAUGGCAGUGAUUCGGGAACUUUUGAUGCCGAAGGAAGAUUUGUCCCCGUGAAUUUUGAGAAUAUAUUCAGUAAAUAUGCCCGGACAGAUCCCAACCGGCUUACUUUUGCUGAAAUGUGGCGAAUGACAGAAGGCCAACGAGUUACCUAUGACAUCUUUGGGGGGAUCACAGCGAAGUUGGAAUGGUUAAUCCUCUACCUGCUUGCCAGAGACGAGGAGGGUUUCCUGCCAAGAGAAGCCAUCAGGCGAUGCUUCGAUGGAAGCUUGUUCGAGUACUGCGCCAGCCAGCGAGAGGCAUACGAGAAGACAUAUUAGGCUCAUCUUCUGGAGCAGCAGUGUGUUAAUAAUUUCUUAGUAAUAAUGUUCCUACAACUUCUGGACGCUGGUUGUGUGAGCUAGUGUUUGUAAUUUUAAAUGCUGCAAUGUUGGGAGUCUCUGUUCAUCCUCUGAGA